GCAGCCAAUGGGCGGGCGCGCCGCUCGUGACGUAGGCGGUAGCGGUGCCAUGGCGGCGUACCCGGGGCAGGGCUUCCCCGGCGCAGGACAGGCCCCCGGCGCGCCCCCGGCCGGCCCCUACCCCGGGGGUCCGUACGGCGGGGGGCCGCCCCCAGCGCCCGGGGCUCCCUACGGACAGCCCCCGCCCGGAGGUCCCUACGGAGGCGGCGCCGCUCCCGGAGGGCCUUACGGACAGCCUGGCCCCUACGGUGGCCCCCAGCCCGGGCCCUACGGCGGGGCGGCUCCCGGAGGUAAUGCCCCUCCAGGUGUGGACCCGGAGGCCUUCUCCUGGUUCCAGGCGGUUGACGCCGAUCACAGUGGGUACAUCUCCGUGAAGGAGCUGAAGCAGGCGCUGGUCAACUCCAACUGGUCGACGUUCAACGAUGAGACCUGCCUGCUGAUGAUAAACAUGUUUGAUAAGACCAGGUCAGGACGCAUAGAUGUGUACGGCUUCUCAGCCUUGCUGCGCUUCAUCCAGCAGUGGAAGAACCUCUUCCAACAGUAUGACAGGGAUCAGUCAGGCUCCAUCAGCUUCAACGAGCUCCAGCAAGCUUUCUCCCAGAUGGGCUACAACCUGAGCCCCCAGUUUAGCCAGCUGCUGCUGGCUCGCUACGCCCAGCGAUCCUCCAACCCCAGCAUCCAGCUCGACCGCUUCAUUCAGAUCUGCAUGCAGCUCCAGAGCACGACCGAUGCCUUCCGCGAGAAGGACACGGGGCUGGUGGGCAACGUGCGGCUGAGCUACGAGGACUUCCUCACGAUGGUCGUGACUCGCAUGAUGUGACGACCUCAGCCGAGGGCUGGGAGCCAGCCAGGGGCUCUGUGGGGCUCUGUGGGAGCAGCGCCCAUCCUCAGCCUCCCGCCGGGAUGUGGCCGAGCCUCUCGAAGAGCGAGCGGUUCCCCCAGGCUGGCUUUCCAGCCUGCUGUGCCUGAGGAGCCCCGAGCCCUGUUGGGACCCUCCUGGCUUCGAUUCCUUGUCCCCACUCAUGGCAGUGGGUGUCUCCACGCCAAACUGGAGCCCAGUUCUGGGGCCAUGCUGCGGGGUGGGACAGCCAAACCAGUAGCCUGUGCCAUGCCUCCCAGGGAGUGCUUAGAUCUUCCCUCGCCAGACACAAAAUCAUAGUUAAGCCCCAUCUGCACCGUCCCUCUGCUUGGCGUGAUGUCUGGAGUGGAACGGCCCCGCCUCGGCACGCUUUUGGGGACUCUCUGGUGACCAAGAGCUGAGCCUUCAUUUCAAAAGUGGCAGGAAGGGCACGAGUGACGGCAGAGAUUGUCCUUCCUUGCCUCGCGGACAGCCCUUCCUUGCCAGGAGCACGUCCAACCGCUCGGCUGUGCUGGAAGCGCUCCAGCUUUCCUGGGGGGGGGGUCUGAGCCCCGUUUCUCUCCGUGCUGCUGGAAGAGGCUGCGUUGCUGCCGUCAUGCGCGGGAUCAUCGACCCCCCCCUUGUUGCCAAUGUCUGUUUUGAUUUGUCUCUGUCUGCCGAAGCCAAACUCAAACGGUUUAGAGCUUAUUUUUACAGCUUUUGAAUAAAAGGCGAUGUGCACU